GGUUGUGUAAUGUGUGUGUGUGUGUGUGUGUGUGUGUGUGUGUGUGUGUUUCAGGCGUAGUCGAGGCGGCGGAGGGCGAGCGAGACCCCGGCUGGGGUCGAGUGUGUGUUUUCCUGCAGAAGUUGGGGAAGAAGGGCGACAGCAGCAGCCUCAGUCUGUCUCACUGCGACCUCACUGCCACUGACCUGCUGGAGUUAGCGACAUUGCUCCAGUUCCUCCCUCAGCUGGAGGAGGUGGACGUCUCCUGGAACGAGCUGAUUGGCGGAUGUCUGACAGCGUUGACCUCUCACCUCCAGCAUGUGGGCGGGAUCAGAGCGCUGAGGCUCUGCAGCUGCAGGCUGAGCGCCGACGACGUCGCUGCGCUGGGUGAAGCUCUCGGCUGCGUUCCUCUCUUGGAGAUCCUCGAUUUGUCCUGGAACAGCGGCGUCGCUUUGCAAGGCCUGCUGGGUAAACUUCCCCCUCCGCUGAGGGAGCUCCACCUGGUGGCCUGCCAGCUCACUGCAGCCGAUGCCACUGCACUGGGAGGGAUAGUGUCUGCUGUCUCCAGACUCUGUGUGCUGGACGUCUCCUGUAAUCCUCAGCUCACACAGGAGGUUGAUGCCGGCUUCGUGGCGUUGGCCUCCUCGCUCUCUCACGCCGUCGGCCUCGCCACGCUCAGACUACAGGCCUGCGGUCUGAGGCCGGACAGCCUCGAGGCUCUCGGUGGUUCGCUCCGCUGCCUCCCCUCAGUGCGAGAGUUGGACCUGUCCUGUAACAAGAGUCUGGCUGGAGGCCUGGACCGCCUCACGCUCAACCUGGCUCACCUCACACACCUGGAGAGCCUCGACCUCCACCUGUGCCGUCUCACCCGCUCCGACCUGGAGGCCCUGAUCCAGGUACUUCCCUGUCUAGCAGCGCUGACGCAGCUCGACGUGUCGUCCAAUAAGGAGGCAGGGGGCGUGGCCCACCAGCUGGUCGCCGCCCUCCCUCUGACACAGAUGAGGCGUCUGCCGCUCAACAGCUGCAGCCUGAACCAGGACUCCUUUACUGCUCUGGGUACGCACAAAUACUACUGAUACUCCUAGAGCUAGUACUACAACUACUGCCAGUAGUGCUGAUGCAGCUGAAGCUGGUGCUAAAACUACUAUGAGUACUAAUACUGCAGGGGUAGAAGUAUUCAGAUUGUUUACUUCAGUAAAAGUGUCAAAAGUCCUACAUUUUACCUUCGUAAAAGUACAGAAGUAUGAGUAGAACAAUGUACUUAAAGUUUCAAAAGUACUCGUUAUGCAGAAAAACAGCUUUUGAUUUAUAAACAUGAUAUUAUUGGAUUAUUUUUACUGAUGCAUUCAUGUGUAAAUCUCAUUUUAUUGUUGCAGUUGUUCGAGAUGGAGCCAGUUUUAACAAUUGUUUCAUUUAUAACAAAUAUUUUAUGAGACGAUCGUAUGAUUUGAACGGAAAACUGAUUUUUAAAGUAUAACUGUCAAAUAUCAAUAUUUCCUUCUGAAAUGGGAGUACUCACAUGAUAGUACCUCUAAACUGUGCGCUUGUACAAAUAUAGCAAGUUACUCUCUACCACUGUACUUCUGUCAGUACUAUGAAAAACUACUACUGGUACUACAGCUACUUCUGCUUUAAUUGCUGCUUC